AUGGCGGCGGCGGCGGCGGCGGGCGCGGGCGAGCGGGCCCCGCUGCUGGGGGCGCGGCGGGCGGGCGCGGGCUGGCGGGGCGGGCGCGGCGCGUGCCUGGCGGUGCUGCUGACGGAGCUGCUGGAGCGCGCGGCCUUCUACGGCGUGACGGGCGGGCUGGUGCUGUUCCUGAACGGCGCGCCGCUGGGCUGGGAGGGCGCGCAGGCCAGCCAGGCGCAGCUGCUCUUCCUGGGCCUGGCCUUCCUGGCGUCGCCCUUCGGCGGCUGGUGCGCCGACGCGGGGCUCGGCCGGGCGCGCGCCGUGCUGCUCGGCCUGGCGCUGCACCUGCUCGGCCUGCUGGCCUUCCCGCUGCUCGCCGCGCCCCAGCCCCGCGCCGCGCUCUGCGGGCCCGACCCGGACCCCGGCCCGACCCCCGGGCCCCCGGCCCGCCACUGCGCGCCCGCCGUCUUCGCCAGCCUGGCGCUCCUCGGCCUGGGCGUCGGCACCGUCAAGACCAACAUCACGGCCUUCGGCGCCGACCAGGUGAAAGACCUGGGUCCGGAGGCCACGCGAAGGUUUUUCAACUGGUUUUACUGGAGCAUUAACCUGGGCGCCAUCUUCUCCCUGGGCGGUGUUGCCUACAUUCAGCAGAAUGUGAGCUUUCUGACUGGCUACAUCAUCCCCACCGUCUGCAUCGGCCUGGCCUUCCUGGUCUUCCUGGGCAGCCAGCGCUGCUUCAUCAGCCGGCCGCCCGAUGGCAGCGCAUUCUCCGACAUGUUCAGAAUUCUCAAGCAUGCCUGCUGUCCCCCAAGGCCCAGCACAGAGCGCAGUGAAGGCGUUGGAGUGUUCCAGCAGCCCUCUAAACAAAGUCUGUUUGACUCCUGUAAGAUGUCCCAUGGGGGGCCACUCCCCGAGGAGAGGGUGGACGACUUGAGGGGCCUGGUCAAGACUAUACCUGUGUUCUUGGCUCUGAUCCCUUACUGGACCGUCUAUUUCCAGAUGCAGAGCACAUACACGCUGCAGAGUCUCCACCUGCGGAUCCCCCAGAUCUCCAACGUCACCACCAACCCGCACACGUUCCCAGCAGCCUGGCUGACAAUGUUUGACGCCGUGCUCAUCCUCCUCCUGAUCCCUCUGAAGGACAAGCUGGUGGACCCCCUCCUGCGCAGACACGGCCUCCUCCCAUCUUCUCUGAAGAGAAUCGCCCUGGGCAUGUUCUUCAUGAUGUGCUCUGCCUUUGCCGCUGGGAUCCUGGAGAGCAAGCGGCUGGUGCUGGUGCACGAGCACAGCGUGAACCAGACCAUCGGCGGGGUGAACUACACCGCUGCCGACCUGGCCCUGUGGUGGCAGCUGCCCCAGUACGUGCUCAUCGGCCUCAGUGAGAUCUUCGCCAGCAUCUCCAGCCUAGAAUUUGCCUACUCGGCAGCACCCAGGUCCAUGCAGAGCGCCAUCAUGGGCCUCUUCUUCUUCUUCUCUGGUGUUGGCUCCUUCCUGGGCUCCGGCCUGCUCCAGCUUGUGUCACUCAAGGCCAUCGGCUGGAUGAGCAACCACAAGGACUUCGGCAACAUCAACGGCUGCCACCUGAACUACUACUUCUUCCUCCUGGCGGCCGUGCAGGGCGCCACCCUCCUGCUCUUCCUCCCCGUCUCCGUGAGGUACGACCGACAGCGCGCCAGAGCCGCCGCCCCCGCCACAGUGGGCACCAGGCGGGCCUGAGCGAGGACUGGACAGGGUGCCCUGGGCCCCACAUGGUGCGUGUAGGGGAGUCACGACUACCCCACCCUGGCCAGGACACCAUCCUUCAGCACUGACAUGUCCUGGGCCUGUC